AUUCCAGGAGGCAGGAAGUUUGACUCCGUGGUGGUGAAUGGGUUUGUGUGCACCAAAAACAUUGCUCACAAGAAGAUGAACGCUCACAUCAAGAACCCAAAGAUCCUGCUGCUGAAGUGCUCCAUAGAGUAUUUGUACAGGGAGGAGACCAAGUUCACCAGCAUUGAUCCCAUCGUGCUGCAGGAGCGGGAGUUUUUGAAGAACUACGUGCAGCGCAUUGUUGACGUCCGUCCCAACCUGGUGUUGGUGGAAAAGACAGUGUCGCGUAUCGCUCAGGACAUGUUGCUGGAGCACGGCAUCACUCUGGUCGUCAAUGUCAAACCUGUAAAUGUCCCCGUCUGGCUCUAAAUCUUUAUUGUUACGCACAACGGUUUAGUCUUCCUGAGUUUGAAGAUUAAAACAUG